AUGUUCCCGUUGCUAUAUUUUCUGAAUGGCACCAGCACAUUUUUUGACAUUCUGGGUCUUGACCCAGAGACAGAAUACACUCUGGGGCUGAAUAUUCAAUCACAAGGAGGCAGUGCUCAGCAAACUGAUCUAGCAGUGACCACAAGAACAGAGAAGCAAGCGAGCGAUGGGGCCUCCACCGGUGGGGUCGUUGGAGCUGUUGUAGGAGUUUUGGCUGUUGUUGCCAUCGUUGUGGUGAUGCUGGUGGUACUCAUUCGGCGUGGUGUGAUCCGACCUGCUGAACGCGCGCGAGAGAUUGGACGAAGGAUGACGAGGAGAGUUCGUCCUAACCGUAGGUCUCGCGGCGAGGGACACAGUAACCCGGCAUAUAAUGUGAACCAUCGAGCUAAGUCAAUGGCCGCUGAGGAACUAUACCUGUACGGUGGUAUGGACACGUUCGCCUCAAAGUCGGUCCUUAGUCGCAGAGAUAUUGUGCUCGAGUCGGUAAUCAAAACUGGGCACUUUGCCAACAUCUACAAAGCCAUGUACCAGGGAAAAACUGUGGUGGCUAAAACUCUAAAAGAAAACAACGGCACCAAUGAUAAUUUCCUCAUGAAGGCGAAGAUCAACUUUUCAUCCGAGAAGGUUGGUGACCACCCUAACGUGUUGAAGUAUUUGGGAUCAGUCCUCGAUGACACGAACAUGGGACCUUUCAUCCUGUACGAGUACUGCGAGAACGGUACGUUGAAGGAGUACCUGGUCCAAAAUAAGUCUAGCGUUACCAUGGACAUCCAGGAGACGCUCUUCCGUAUAGGACUCGACAUCGCCAAGGGCAUGGAGUACUUGGCUGGGAAAGGGAUAACUCACCGGCGUCUGGCGGCACGCAACAUCCUGCUGACUUUCUUGAACGAAGUAAAGAUCUACGGCUUCGGACCGCAACCGGAAGAAGAGGCUGAUGGGGAUGCAGAGAGCGGCAAGAAGGAGAGAAUUCCAAUCAAGUGGAUGGCACCAGAGUGCAUGACGUCAACAAAAGAUGCAGACGAGAAAAGUGACGUUUGGUCGUUUGGCGUGGUCCUCUGGGAAGUGUUUUCUCUUGGUGAAACUCCGUACGAGAACGUGAAAAGCCGUGACCUUCCAGACAGACUGAAAAAGAAUGUUCGUCUGCAGAAACCGGAACAGUGUGAUGACGUGUGGUUCGGAGUAAUGAACAAAUGCUGGGACUAUCAGCCGAGGAAGCGCCCGACGUUUGCUGAAAUCAGAAACGAGCUGGACACCAUGUUUGUUGCCUCCCCUGGAGAUGACUACUACUACUAUAAACGCUAGAAGAGUUAUUGUUACUGUGUUAAGUAUUUCUGCAGACUAAAUCAUAUAUAUUUGCAUUGGAAUAUUGAACCAUCAGCGUUUAAAAGGAUAGUGGAGAAGAAAUGUUGUUUGAAAAUAUAUCCCUUUCACAUUCUUUCGUACUGAAUGAUAUUUAUAUUCAGGAAAAGUGUACUCGUAAACAUUAGAAAACAUUUGUAUUAUAGCAACUGCAAUAUAAAUGAACAUAAAUGUAACAUCUGAACGUUUAAUUUUCACUUAAUUGUUUUACACGACAAUAUACUUAAGCAUGUAUGAGCCAAUAUUGCUACGCUGUGUCACUUAUGUAAGACUUACAAUUUAUGCUACGAUAAACAGUUUAUGUUUUAUUUUACAAUUAGAUGACAUUAUUUAUGUUACGCGCUUUACCUUUCAUUUUACGCUUAAACGUUUAUGUUACAUUAACAUAUUUAGGUAACGCUUUAGCGUUAAUCUUGACCUAAAACGUAAAUGUUUUAAUAACAAAAUUAAUGUUACACUAAAAAUUUGAAUUACACUACAAUAUUCACUACAGCAUAUAAUUAUGGUAUCCUCACAUUCGUGUUACACUUAGACGUGUAUGUUACUCUUAUACAUUUAUCUUUUCUUGAAACAUUGAGUACUCUUUGAUUUAUAAUGUAAUCUAUUUAGCGAGAUUAUGAUCUUUGUGAUUGUGUGCACACGUGUAAUAUAACAUGUUAUUUAAUUACUUUAUUACUAAAUUUGCUUUUAACUAUUCUGACUUAGCUGGUGUUAAGGGUUUACAUAAAUUUAGCUUUACAAUUAAAUCACUGUUUAAUUAUGAAAUUACUUGCAUUUGCACUUUAAUAAAAUGUAUAAAAUUAU